CGGCGGAACUACAACUCCCAGCAGCCCCGCGGCCCGGACUCCCGGAAGCGCCGCCAGCCGGGAGGAAGCUGAGCCCCGGCCCACUGGGUUCAUUUAGCAGGAAAAGGGGGCGGGAGGGACUGUGGGGUUCACCUGUCAAUUCGCCGCCAUGAACGUGGUUUUCGCGGUGAAGCAGUACAUUUCCAAAAUGAUAGAAGACAGCGGGCCGGGUAUGAAAGUUCUUCUCAUGGAUAAAGAGACGACUGGCAUCGUGAGUAUGGUGUACACGCAGUCGGAGAUCCUGCAGAAGGAAGUGUACCUGUUUGAGCGCAUCGACUCUCAAAACCGAGAGAUCAUGAAACACCUGAAGGCCAUUUGUUUUCUUCGUCCUACGAAGGAGAAUGUGAAUUAUCUGAUUCAGGAGCUCCGAAGACCCAAAUACAGUAUAUAUUUUAUUUAUUUCAGUAAUGUGAUCAGCAAGAGUGAUGUGAAGUCACUGGCGGAAGCUGAUGAGCAAGAAGUCGUGGCUGAAGUUCAGGAAUUUUAUGGUGAUUAUAUUGCUGUGAAUCCACAUUUGUUUUCCCUCAAUAUUUUGGGCUGCUGCCAGGGUCGAAGUUGGGACCCAGCGCAACUGACCAGAACCACCCAAGGACUGACCGCCCUCCUUCUGUCUCUGAAGAAGUGUCCCAUGAUUCGAUAUCAGCUUUCCUCAGAGGCAGCGAAGCGGCUUGCAGAGUGUGUGAAGCAAGUGAUAACUCAAGAGUACGAGCUGUUUGAGUUCCGGCGGACCGAGGUUCCCCCGCUGCUGCUGAUCUUGGACCGCUGUGACGAUGCCAUCACCCCGCUGCUGAACCAGUGGACGUACCAGGCCAUGGUCCAUGAACUACUGGGCAUACACAACAAUCGGAUCGACCUUUCCAGAGUGCCAGGCAUCAGCAAAGACUUACGAGAGGUGGUCCUGUCUGCUGAAAAUGAUGAAUUCUACGCGAACAAUAUGUACCUGAACUUUGCUGAGAUUGGUAGCAAUAUAAAGAAUCUCAUGGAAGACUUUCAGAAGAGGAAACCAAAAGAACAACAAAAACUAGAAUCAAUAGCAGAUAUGAAGGCCUUUGUUGAGAAUUACCCACAGUUCAAGAAGAUGUCUGGGACAGUAUCAAAGCAUGUGACAGUCGUUGGCGAGCUGUCGCGGUUGGUCAGUGAACGGAAUCUACUGGAGGUGUCGGAGGUUGAGCAAGAGCUGGCCUGUCAGAAUGACCAUUCUAGUGCUCUCCAGAAUGUCAAGAGACUACUGCAGAACCCCAAAGUGACAGAGCUGGAUGCGGCCCGGCUGGUGCUGCUUUACGCCCUGCACUACGAGCGGCACAGCAGCAACAGCCUGUCAGGACUGACGAUGGACCUCAGGAAUAAAGGGGUUUCCGAGAAGUACCGGAAGCUCGUGUCUGCAGUUGUUGAAUAUGGUGGCAAGCGGGUGAGAGGAAGCGACCUCUUCAGCCCCAAAGAUGCUGUGUCUAUCACCAAGCAGUUCCUCAAAGGACUGAAGGGGGUAGAAAAUGUGUACACACAGCAUCAGCCUUUCCUGCAUGAGACCCUAGACCAUCUCAUCAAAGGGAAGCUUAAGGAAAACCUGUACCCUUACCUGGGCCCCAGCACACUCAGAGACAGGCCUCAGGAUAUCGUCGUGUUCAUGGUUGGAGGGGCCACUUACGAGGAAGCGCUCACAGUCUAUAACCUGAACCGCACCACCCCGGGGGUGAGGAUUGUGCUGGGAGGAACCACGGUGCACAACACGAGAAGUUUCCUAGAGGAAGUUCUAGCUUCUGGGCUGCACAGCCGAAGCAAGGAGAACGCUCAGAUGCCCUCACGGUCGGCCAGCAGGAGGUGAAACAGCGCAGAGCGAGGUGCGGCCGAGGCGGCGCGGCUCUGCCCGGCUGCCAGCGGAGGUGCUGGAGAAGGGCUCCGGUUUGGGGCUCCGCCGCCCAUCUCCAGGUCGCCCCGACUGCUGAACUUCUGGCACAGACACCAAGACUCCCGGCGACGAGCCGAGCAUAAGCCGGCUCCCUUCCCAGACCGCUUUGCUCGUGGUUUCCUCAUCCAGUAAGUAAACGUGUUGCUUGUGUAUGAGAUGGCACAAUCACUCCGGCUCCCGGCGGACUUCGUCAGGCCCUUACGCGAGCAAAGGGUUGUCAGAGCUCAGGGCAGCCUAGCAGACGCGCGGUCGCUCGGGGCUCUGGCCACACUCUUCUCCGGGCCCGUUACUCUCACUAACCACAUUCCCGCACAGCUCACUUCUGGAAACUCCUCAUGUUCCUUCAGAGAGCCGUCCAGAGUUGCUGUGUCCUGCACUGCGGUGCCCUGUGGCCCUGGGAAACCAUGUAUGACUACAAUAAACAUUUGUGAAAAGA